GGUACAGAAGCACCGCGAGGAUGUAAGCGACAACUGCGGUGUGACGAUAGACCAUGUCUUCCUACAGAGGCGAGGGGAACAGCUAGGGAACCGUAUACUUAGAGUCCCGCUGGCCGGCUGCCGCGCGAGAAGACACCGCGGACGUGCGGAUUCGGGAAUACUGUCUACACACAGAUGAUGUUUGGUGUCUCGUGUUGUACGACCAGAAUGAAGCGACAAAUUGUAUGAUACCUGACCGUACGUUGCAGGCUUAUUUGCGAGAGAGCAACGGAGAAGCGGUGCCACACGAAAACACCAGUCGUCACACGAGAAGCUGCCGGGAAAGUCGUAGCCCUGGUGCACCUUGAAGUGACUUGUAUGCUACAUAGGACGUAGCUCCGUUUCAAGACAUAGAAGGCCAUCUUCGGAAAUGCGGACUAUGCGAGCGUUCUUGCCUCAGCGUUUGCGACGUGCUGCUUGCAGCUGUUCGCGCGCACGGGACGCUCUGGACUUCUCGGACUACAGCAUGGCGUACCAGCACAAGAGCCUCUGGGAGCUGGUGCGGGCUCUGGGCGUGCUCAAGGUGUGCUCGUACGACUGGCUGGUGGACAACAGCCAAUGGUUCCUCAUCGCGGGCGAGCGGUUGCUGGGACGCCGUCUCCUGGGCGCCCUGGUGGGCCCCACUUUCUACCGGCAGUUCGUGGGUGGAGCCACGCCGCAGGAGAUGCGCGCCUGCGUGGACAGGCUGGCUGCUUCUCGGGUUCGCACCAUGGUGGCUUGCUCCCUCGAAGACGAGGAGGACAGCGCACAGAGGGGAGAAGCAGGGGCCGCUUCGGCCUCGCAGAGGCGUGUGGCGAUGUACGGGCGCAAUGGCGAGAAAGUCCUAUCGUGUCUACGUAUGACGUCGCAGCUGUGCUCGGAGUCACCGAUGAUGCAGGUCAAGAUGAGUGGACUGCUGCCGCCCAAAUUAUUGGCGCACCUGACGCGCAUCUUCGAUUCCUCAGAGAAACCGGAGCUCAUCGUCAGUUGCCUGGGAGACGCUAUUAGCAGCGAGAGUUACAGGGAAUACUCCGACUUGCAACUCGAGAACUGCGAUCACAACUUCGUCCAGCUGGCAUUGAGGAAACUUCGCAGCGUGUGCCAGACGGCGAAGGACGCCGGAGUCACAAUCCUGGUGGACGCCGAGUACGCGAACAUGAACGGAGGCAUCGAACUGCUGGGUCUCGCUCUAAUGGCCGCCUUCAACGAGCGCGCACCGCUCGUGUGGAACACGUACCAGUGCUACCUGACGGACACUCCCGACAAGCUGUCACGACACCUGCGCCUGGCGGAUUACAUCGGCUGCUCAUUCGGCGUCAAACUGGUGCGCGGUGCCUACAUGGACGGCGAGCGCAGAAAGGCCAGGGAGCAUGGCGAAGCCCACACCGUCUGCAGCAGCUAUCGAAUGACGAACGAAAACUACGACCGGGUGCUGCGCUACCUUCUCGCACACAUCUCCCGUUCGGAGAGGGAGUGCCGUCUGGUGGUGGCGACGCACAACGAGGACAGCAUACGCACUGCAACCACACGAAUGCAGGAGCUGGGUCUGGCUGUCAACGACAAAAGGAUCAGCUUUGGACAGCUACUGGGCAUGUACGAUCACAUCACUUUCCCACUAGCUGCCCGCGGAUACAACGUGUACAAGUCGAUCCCGUACGGCCCGCUGACGGAUCUGCUUCUGUACUUGGCGCGACGGGCCAGCGAGAACCGGUCCGUGCUGAGCAGCCCCGUCGUCGAGAGGCGCAUGCUGGCCUCCGAGAUACGCCGCCGACUGACGGCGUCCUGGAAGAGGCCCCUGGAACAGGCGCAUGACUGACUUGGGCGCCGUACGGGACGCCGAGGCUGACAGGGACGCGCCGCGUGUCAAGAGAUAUGAUGUCAGAGCGUUGCCCUCGGCCACGAAACGAUAACUCUCGGCUUAUUCAGCGCGACGUUUGAUAGUGGCCAACUGCUCCGAGCGGUGGGAUCAGUCAAACAUGCUAUCUCUUCCUGCUCAAAAUGAGGCUAAAUUAAGCUUCUUGGUACUUGCACAUAAUCAAAGAGUACAAUGCAGGGGCGAGUGUAACUGAAAGGAAUCGCCACGUGCGAACCCUUAGCGCUAGUCGCGCAUAUUUGUUAUCCUGUGUUGGAAUGAGCUGCACUGUAUUUGGCUUGUAGAUUCGAAAAACUCGUCCAUCCAUCUGUGCAAGUGGCAUGAGCUACUCACAGCUUAUACACACAGUGGAUAGGUGUGCCGCGACGCGCGAAUUUCAGUUCCUACGGAUUCCAUAACCUGCCACUCGGACAUUAUGUUAAAAUUGUAGUACUUUAGUGUCUAUGAAUUAUGUUAAAUGCGAGGCAUUCAUUUGUCUAGCAAAUUUCAUCAUAUAAGCUCCAUUAUUAAGAUUAAUUUAAUUUCCCAAAACUUUAUUUCCAAGAGUCCUGAAGCCCGGUCUUUUCAGACCGAGGCGGGCGGCGUCCACGUCGGCACCGUCAGGCCGAGCCCUGUGGCGCCAUCGUGGACCCUCUGGACAGCCCGUAGUUGAUCUUGAUACGAAGAGCUUGACACCAUCUUCUGCCGGUGGAGUCAUUUGUCUUCCGGGUCGGGGAGAGUCGCGGGACAGCCCGCCAGUAUAUGCCUGAUUUCAAUGAUGCCAUCGCACGCACCACCUUUUGCAAUUUCAGUUUCGGGGUCAAUUUUAUUUACAAAAUACGGAGUGGUGUAUGUCCCGGUUUGCAGUAAACGUAGCGUGACUGCCUGAGCCCUGUUGAACUUUGCGUGCGGCGUUCUUUUUCUUCUUUUUGUACCAUACUUUAGUUUAGAAAAAUCAUUUUAACACAAAUAUAACCAGAAUUGAGUCGUUUUUAUCAGUCCCCUGCAUUCUUCGCGUCAAGGAAAUAAUAUAUAACGAAGAACGAAGCUCCGCCCCCUCAUAUAUAGCCUAGGGCAGCACUCGGCUGUUAUGACGUCACCGUGGCGUAAGGCCGAUUUCAUUUUAAAUAUUUGCGUAUUCCAUUAUUCUUAGUACCGUUGUAUGCGAUACCUCGUUAAAUGGAAGUUCGCAGUCAUUUAUUAUAAUUUCUUUUUUUUUUAUGUCGCAGCGGUGCACGUGCGCAGUGACUUCGUUUGUUAACUGACCAUGAGGACAUGCUAGAAAAGUAAGACCCUUUCGAGGCUUGUAGUUUCAAACACCCUGCUUUAGAAAGCGUACUAAACACACAAAGAAAAUGGUGAGAAGCUAAGCGACCUACAUAUAAACAAAUGCUAUAUCGCCAGAUAAAACGGCUAGGAAAAUGAUAGCCACAUUAAGAAAAUCAAUAACGCGAGCUCGAUGCCUACGGCACUAUUUUAUGCAUGAAGUCCUCGUUCGCAAAAAACCGUUACGUGAUCGAGUCGUCCCGGCACGCACAAUUUCGAUGUCUUCAGUUGGAGAAACUCGCAGCAGGAAUAGAAGUUAUACCGUUUACUCCCAAACAUGCUCUGAUCCUGGCUAUGAGCGGGUGCUCCUGCAUCGAUUAGAGAGGAUCGAUAUCGAUUUGUGUCUAGACAAAAAGAAAAAGAAAUCAUCCAGAGUUCAAAGACUGGAAAGCGACGAAUCGUUGGCGUGUGCGAUGUAUACGUAAGUUAAACGAGCCAUCGCUAUUGCCCCAUCUGAAGUUUCUAAAUCGUUUAUUGAAUAGUGUUGCCGCGUUCGAUGCCUGGUUUUCUUUUUUGCAGCUCUGAAAUAUGGCAGACAAAACUUGAACGCGAUCACCAAACGCGGUUUCCUAAUACUUAAUGGAGUGCUUAGGUUUCUUUCACAAAGGGGUUAAGCAGAAAAAAAAACACGUACAGCUAAAGAAAAAAAAAGGAAAUCGUUCAGUUGAAGUAAUGUUUCCGAAGAACACACGCGACGCCACAGAAAACAGUGAAUAAAUAAAGGGUGCAAAUACCAUAGCUGAAAGAAUCUGUGGCCACCAAGGAGGCGUAAGUCCGUCGGCGCUUCUGAAUGUAUGCAUCGCUAAGCAAGCAGUCGUUGACAACUUUCGAGGUGGCUUCUGUCGGAAUCGAGAAUAGUACCGAAGAACAUGCAGGAUAUGGCGGAAUCGAAGGAAAGGUUCGGACGUCAUGAAUACUGAAGUAAUCAUACUUGGAUUUCUUUUUCUUUUCAUGCACUUGCAAGGCGAGUGCACUUUCAUUAGAAAGGAAGUAAGAACACUCUUUGGGAACUUACUCGGAAAGAAGCAGAAAAUACGCACUUUUUUAAUUUUUUGUAGGCGCGUGCUCUCGAGUAGCAGCAACUGCUGCUCCAAUUCUUCACAAAACUUCUUCAAGGUGGCCACGUGCCAAUGGCGAAGACAACACACACCGGCGCAUGAAAUA